AUGAGCCCACGCCCAGUGUCCGCAACCAAGGCGCCUCAAACAAGAACCUGCGCCGCGACUAGCUCCCUCUCGCUGAGGGAACGGGUCGCGGAGUGCGGCAGGAGGGAGGAGGAGGCAAGGGCCGCACGACAACCGGUGCUACGCCCCAAGGUACUAGGGAAGAGGAGAGCGAUCCCAGAGCCUCCGAUGAAGAAGGCGAUGGAUGAUGUACGUGAGGUGAUGGAGGGAGUCUCCAUCGCCGACGUUACGAAGGGAAAACCCCAGGAGGUCAGGGCCAACCUGGCAAACUUAAUUACGAGAUGCCAGAGGGUGAUGGCCCUACUACCUGGAGAGCAGAAGGCGACCAAGAAACAAGGGGGGAAAGGGUUGCCCACCAUCUCGAGGAUCGAGGUGGUCGAAGGGGAGAUGAAGGUUAAAGGGAAGGAAGCCUUCAAGAAGGUCCUCAAACAGAAGGCCCAACCUUCAAAAGGAAAGGAGGUGCCCACGGCAGGCAACAAACAGGACACAGUUCCUGGCACGUCAUGGGCAGAAGUAGUCAAGAAGGGAAGGGGGAAGAAACCGACCCCCACUCCCCCUCCCAAAGACGCUUCCAAGGAGAAGGCGAGAAGGGCCCCAAGGUCAGCGGCGGUGGCCCUUGCCUUCCCCGAGGGAGAGGCCGGGGAAGGCAUGCGAUUCAUCCGAUCGCAAAUCAAGUUAAAGGAGCUGGGCAUUGACAAUAUCAAACCCAGGAAGGCGCUCACGGGGGCCAUGUUGCUGGAGAUUCCGGGAGGAGAGGAGGCCAAGGGGCAUCAAAGUGAUGCGCCCUGCCAAAAUGGCCGAGUUGAGACCAGAGAUCUCGAUGACUCUGUGUCUCAAGAGGAGAUCCAGGCGGCCAUUGCCAAGGCGGGAGAGUGCCCGCCGGAGGAAGUGAAGGUAGGCCGCAUCAGGAUAAACCCCAGUGGGCUUGGAUCCACAUGGAUCCAAUGCCGGCUGGAGGUGGCGAGGAAGGUGGCAGCCACCAAGAAAGUUAAAAUUGGAUGGGUAGCUGCUAGGAUCGAGCUGCUGGAGGCCCGGCCCCUGACGUGCUGCAGAUGUCUGGAGCGCGGGCACGUCCGCCAGCAGUGCAAGAGCACGGUGGAUAGGAGCAUGCUGUGCUACCGCUGCGGGCAGGAAGGCCACAAGGCGCAGACCUGCACCGCAACGCCGAGGUGUGCUGUCUGUAGCGCCAAAGGGCUCCCCGCAAACCACAAGGCGGGAGGCACGGCGUGCCGUCCCCCCUCAAAGAGGGAAAGAAAGAGGACGGCCAAAUUGGCCAGAGAACAAAGCAAGGGACCAGCAACAACUGAGGUCCCUAUGGAGGUGCAGGAGGCUGCUGAACCCAUCCAAAUGGCGAAUCUCAACCACGCCCGCCAGGCCCAGGACCUAUUCCUGCACAGCCUGGCGGAGCGUGGUUGCGGACUGAGAAUCGUGGCCGAGCCGUACAGAAUUCCGACUCACCCGUGCUGGGUGGGAAGUAGGGACGGUUCGGCCGCGAUCACGUGGAGGAGGACCGGCGAAAGGAGUGCGCCAGGCUCCAAGAUCAAAGUAGGAGAGAACUGGGUGGCAGUGGAGUGGGGGCCCCUAAAAGUUAUAGGGGUGUACCUCAGGCCCAGUCUCUCAAGGGCUGAAUUUGAAGACAGCCUGCACGAUCUGGAGGACGUCGUCCGGGAGUUCCUCCCUGGACCGGUGCUGGUCGCCAAUGCCAAGUCGGCGUUUUGGGGUUCCCGGCGGCUGGACGCAGUGUUGCGAUUGGGGCUAGGCUGGCAUGGCAAUCGCACGACUGCGCAUGCGCGUGGAUGGGGGUUACAGUGA